UCACCCUACCAGUUCCUUCCAGCCCUUGGAUGUUCCUCUGCCUGUUUGCUGACGGAUCUGCUAGGGUGAAGAAAGAAGCUGUUACAGCUUCUUUUUCUCUUUUCCUCCUCUUUCUUUCCUUUAAGUUUUUCAGUGAAAGUUCCCAGCUUCUUUUUCCAAUCUCCACCUUUGAGUCGUCAGUCGGGAUAACAGGGAUUUAACAACAACAACAACAUCUUUGCCUAAACUACGGAGGGAUGCUACUAACUUUACUUGAAGCCAUAAUGAAAGACGGAACACUUUUCUUCAUCCAGUGACUGGCCAAAUCUCAGAAGAGAACAACCAUUUUGGUUUGCAAAGAUCUGUCUUGGACAUGUCAAGUAAAGCAAGUAGCAAGCGGCCAGCAGCAGUCAGUAGUGAAUCCUCCAAUCACACAAUGGUUUCAGAGGUGCCUCAGGAACGACCAAAUGGCAGGGCAUCACGCACUUCUAGGAAAGGAAUUGCUUUUGGAAAACGUUCUAAUUCCAUGAAGAGGAAUCCCAAUGCUGCAGUGACCAAGAAUGGUUGGCUGUUCAAGCAGGCCAGCUCUGGAGUCAAGCAAUGGAAUAAGCGCUGGUUUGUAUUGGUGGAUCGCUGCCUUUUUUACUACAAAGAUGAGAAAGAGGAAAGCAUCUUGGGCAGCAUCCCACUUCUCAGUUUUCGGGUGGCAGCUGUCCAGCCGUCAGAUAACAUCAAUAGAAAAUAUACCUUUAAGGUAACUGUAUGCUGGAUGGAAGAGAUGCCACAAAAUUACAAGAAGUCACUCUCUCCCCAGGCUGAGCAUGCUGGCAUCCGGACUUAUUUCUUCAGUGCUGAGAACAAUGAGGAACAAGAAUCCUGGAUUCAGGCCAUGGGCGAGGCUGCUCGGGUUCAAAUCCCACCUACUCAAAGGCAUGAAAAGACUGAUUGUGAGAACAUCCCUCCCAGCAAAAAUCAGCAGCAUCACCACCAGCGCAGUAUUCCCACCAGGGAUCUUCCCAAAGCUGAGCUGGAAGCAAAGACCAGGGGAGAAGGUGAUGGACGUGGUUCCGAGAAGAUUGAAAGAAAACCAGAGCGUGUCGCAAACAAGAAGGAGCAACUGGUGAAAGCCAAUGGCAUUGCCAGUCAAGAUACACCCUCUGAGCCAGGAAGCCCUUAUCCACAAGCAGUUCAUGUGCCAGCUGGAGUGGAGAGACCCUCACAGCCAAAUGGUUGGCAGUAUUCAUCUCCAUCUCGGCCUGGCAGCAUGGCCUUUCCACAGCAUGAUGGGGAUACUGUUAUCUCUCGUCGGAGCUUCGCACCUCGCACUAAUCCUGAAAAGAUUGCUCAGAGAAAAAGUUCCAUGACCCAGUUGCAGCAGUGGGUGAAUUUGCGCCGUGGGGCCCCACCACCUGAGGAUCUUCAUAGCCCCAACAGGUUCUUCCCAAUGUCUCGGAGAGUCCCUGAUUACUACCCUCCCUAUUCAGCCCAGUAUUCUGAGGAUUAUCAGUACUAUCCUCCUGGUGUGCGUCCUGACAGUAUCUGCUCUAUGCCUGCCUAUGAACGUAUGAGCCCACAGUGGUCUGUGGAUGACAAGCGCCAUGCCUUCCGCAACAGCAGCACAUUCCAGCUGCGGGAGUGGAAAGAACAGCCUGGCUAUAGCAGACAAGAUGUGCCUGUCUGGAUCCCGGGCCCCACACGGCAGCCAGUGUACUAUGAUGAAAUGGAUGCUGCCUCAGCUUCCCUGCGCAGGAUGUCCCUUCAGCCUCGUUCACGAUCAGUACCCCGCUCGCCAAGUCAAGGAUCCUACAACAGAGCCAGAGUAUACUCUCCAGUAAGGUCACCCAGUGCCCGUUUUGAAAGAAUGCCUUCUCGGAGUGAGGAGAUAUAUGCUGAGCCAGCAACUUACAUGAUGAGACGAUCUGUCAGUUCCCCAAAGUAUGAUUACCUUGGUGACAGAAAGCCUGUUCCUGCAGGGAUGUUUCCCUUCAACUAUCCAGCAUCCCCUACAGUCCAUGAUAAAAUGGUAUCUCAUUUCCCUGAAGCGUAUAGAGAGACGCUGCACACCUACAAGAUAAAUGAGCAACACACAGAUAAGCUCCUAGGAAAACUCUGUGAACAAAACAAGGUAAUAAGAGAACAGGAAAGACUGGUGCAGCAACUCCGAGCAGAAAAGGAGAGUUUAGAGAGUGCACUCAUGGGGACACACCAGGAACUAGAGAUGUUUGGGAGCCAGCCAGCCUAUCCUGAAAAGCUGCUGCACAAGAAGGAAUCUCUUCAGAAUCAGUUGAUCAAUAUCCGGGUGGAACUGUCCCAAGCCAGCACGGCACUGGCCAACAGCACUAUAGAAUACGAGAACCUGGAGGGUGAGGUGUCAGCCUUGCAUGAUGACCUGUGGGAACAGCUGAACUUGGACAUCCAGAAUGAAAUGCUCAACAGGCAAAUCCAGAAAGAGAUCUGGCGGAUCCAGGAUGUGAUGGAGGGGCUCAAAAAGAACAACCCCUCUCGGGGCACAGACACUGCAAAACACAGAGUGACCCUUGGUCCAUCAGGAACCUACAGUUCCAACAGCCCAGCCAGUCCUUUGAGCUCAGCUAGCCUCACAAGCCCCCUGAGCCCUUUCUCUCUUGUGUCUGGAUCCCAGAGCUCCCCUACCAAGCAAGGCGGCAACGAGUCAAAGUCCAGCUUUGAGCAGAUCAAGAAGGACCAUCACCGGGCAUCAGUCUCACAUUCGACAGUGGAGGCUGGUCUCUUGCAGCCAAGGCAGGACCAAGAUGCUGAUAAGCAGGUGGCACUCAAUAAAGUUGGUAUUGUUCCUCCAAGGACUAAGUCACCUAUGGAUGAUGAGAACACACCCAUGUCAGGUGUGGUGAGGAGAAGUGCCACCAGCCUAUCUUAUGGGCGGGACUUGCGGGACAGGCCAAAGAGUGCAGUGUUUUCCAAUGAGAUGAAAGCAAAGAUGAGCGUUGAGGAACAGAUUGAUCGUAUGAAGCGCCAUCAAAGCAGUUCUAUGAAGGAGAAAAGGCGGAGCUUGCAACUUCCAGCCAAUCAGCAACAGACAGAUAGCCCUCUCUCAAAAGCAUCUGCCUCUUAUAAAGUGGUUCGCAGGCAUCGCAGUAUCCAUGAAGUGGAUAUAUCUGAUCUGGAGGCAGCGCUGCGCUCUGAGGACUCUGGCAAGAUGUAUGAAAGCCCCAGAGAAGAGAUUGCUCGCCUGCGCAAAAUGGAGCUAGAGCCGGAGCAUUAUGAUGUGGACAUCAGCAAGGAGCUUUCCACCCCAGAUAAAGUCCUCAUCCCAGAAAGGUAUAUUGAGCUGGAACCUGAUACUCCACUGAGCCCUGAGGAGAUGAAGGAGAAACAGAAGAAAGUGGAAAGGAUAAAGACACUGAUUGCUAAAUCCAGCAUGCAGAACGUCAUCCCCCUCAAUGAGGGAGAGGUGGAUGUGGCCCAGGACCCAGAGACGCAGUUACAGGAGCAGGAAAAGCGAAUCGAGAUCUCCUGCGCCUUAGCUACAGAAGCCUCCCGACGGGGCCGCAUGCUGUCUGCUCAAUGUGCCACCCCGAGCCCUCCCACCUCCCCAGCUUCCCCGACUCCACCGACCAAGUCCCUCUCGUCUGACUCAUCCCAGGGCACCGACAGUCAUUUUAUGCGUGUCUGAACCUUAAAUACAGGCCCUGGCUGCUGUGAAUGCUGUGAAGUUCCAUGGAGCCACAUUUUAACACAUGAAUCUGCCCCCCCAACACUACUGCUUAAUAAUGCACACAACCAUUAUUAUGGUUUGCCCACUAUCUCCCGUGGUUGAGCUGCCUCUGAGGAAACAUUCAGGAACAUUCAGGAAGGAAAGCUGCCUCUGAGGAAAAUAAGUGUGCUUCAUCUUUGCUCUGGUUUCUUCACCCACUGCUGCCAAGGCCUGUACCAUAACCUCUCAGAUGCCUGGCCUAUAAAAACAAUCACAGAAGCAGCACCCAGGAGCCGUUCCAUUCUGCAAGAUGGCCUCUUCCUCACUGCAGGAGGUGUCAAGACAAAGGACCAGUGGCUAAAGAUCAGCAGAUCCCUUGAAUAAUUUGAACUGAAAAAUGAAAGCUGGUGACAGCAGGGGAAUGUAAAAAUUCCUGUCCUUAGGUAGCCAUUUCCUGAGCUUUUAACCUCUAUCAUCAUUUUUAUUUUACUUUUUUUUUUGAGGGAGGAGAAUUUUAUAAAGAAUAGCUUGUCAUAGCAGCCAGGGACUUUAUAACCACUCUACUGAAUUGAACAUAAUUUUUUUCUUCCUCACACUUUGGUCCCAUCUGCCAAUCUGAUUGGCUUUAGCAACUUUAAUCUAUAGAAUUAAGCAACCCAUGCAUGGUCAUGCUGCUUAUGCUCAUACUGAUCCACUCACAAGAAGAGAAAGAAGAAGGAAGCAUCACUGAACUUUAUGGAUAUGGCAGAUAAAAAAAAGAGAAGGCUGUCAGUGUGGAGGGAAAAAAAACAGAAGAAGCUUUGGAAUCUGCUAAUUCUUGGGAAUCUUGCAUUGGCCAUGAUAUGCUGAAGAGUUCCCCCACCGCUUGCUUUUCCUAAGCUUAUGAGGAAGAUGGAACAGGAAGUGUGUGCAAUGUACGUGGAUAUGUAAUAGAAGCGUGGAUGAAAGAUACAAAGGGGAAGGAUGGCCAUGGUAAAGUUCAGCUUGAUGGGAUAAGCCCCUUUGUGUGUUUUAAAGCUUACUGUGACUCAGAAGUGGGACUGGUAGGUGACAUACAUAUAUUUUCCUAUGAGAGCCAAUUCAGAAUAGUGCCACUCAAACCUUGGUUCUCCAGGGUAUAGGUUUAAACAUUGGAGCCAGAAAGAAAGCUGUGUGCUGGGAAGAUCUCUGCAUAAACUAAUUAAUGAAAUAGUAAGUCUGCAAGAGGAGAUGGAAAUGUGUCCAAACUUGACUAAAGCAAGCUAUGAGUUGGUUGCAUAGUAUGUAUAAAUCAAUCCUCUCCUAUGUAUCAUUGGGAAUAUAAACUGAGGCUUCUUCAAUUUCUGCCAUUUGUAGCAUUUCUCUUAACUUUAGAAUAAUAGAGCAACAUUUAGUUUGAAGCAGAAUUCUCUCACUUUCUCACACACAGUGCUUUUCAUCCAUCUCUGUCCAAGCUAGAGCUAUAACAACAGUGGCUAGUGGCCUUUCAGAGAAGCAAGCUGCUCUGUUAAGGGUGCAAGACCUUUGCUGUGUUUGCUCCUAUCAGCAUCUGAAAGGAGGCUGCUUUCCCAAAUGAAUCCUCGUUCUUUUCUUUAAAAAUUGUGAAAAUAAUUCAGAAGGACAGGACAGAGGAGCAGUUACAAAGAAAGGACUUAAGAAAUUUACUCUUGUCAAGUACAGUAAGUACCAAGUUGUCCUAAUUUAUAUUAAGCUAGAUCAAAGAUCUUAUUUGGACCUUUUUCCACACUGCAGUUGUAUGCUCAAAGAUUUAUACAUGGUAAAGCCUGAACUGAAUUCCAUUUAAAGCUAAGAUGAUCUCACCUCUUCAGAAGUGAUCAGACUCUGCAUUAAAGCUGGUAUCACCUCACAAUCAGAAUUCCAUACUAUUAAACCUGGGCAUGGACAGGACCUUACACCCAACAUAGUACUUUUGAAAACGAUCUGUCUUACUAAUAGUUGGAUCAAAAUAUAAUUGGAUGAUCAUGGGGCUCAUGGAUUUAUUUCAAAGGCUAUCAGUUGAUCAUGCCCAAUAUAAAGCUAACUGGAAUAAAUUUUAUGGAAAUGAUUAAAAUUGUUCUAGUUACAGAUCAAAUACAGAAAUACAGAGGUUAGCGUCUUUAUUCCCUUGACCUAGAUUUUCAGAUGAGCUCAUUGCCAUGUUUUCAAAAAUUCUGCAUUCCCUCCCCCACCCCCAAUAUUUUGUUUCUUCAGGAGUACUCAAAGGAAGAUACUAGUGAACAAGUGGAACUUUAGACUAUGAUUUGAGUUCUAGGUGACAAUUUAGCUCUGUUGAAAUGAUUAUACAUUUUGUCACUUAAAUAUGUCCAUAAAUAUAUUUAUCAGUUUUAUCCAAAGAUUUGUCAAAACUCAAUAUUCUGUUUCUGUAUUGUUGGAAGGAAUAAUACUGCUUCAACUUCUAAUAGAUGCAACUCUUAAGGCAGACAUUAAAUGUGAAUGUGGUUAUGAAACAUAACCCCUCACUCCCACACUACACAUUUUCUUUCAUAAUUCAAAUUACUUUAAUUAAAGCAGGAUUCUUUACAAUGAUGCAUGAAAGGCUAGUUUGGAUACCAGCAGAAACAGAGAACACUAGCUUUGAGCAUCACUAUUCUUUUUGUUCAAACUUCUUCAAAUAGUCUUGUUAAUUAUCACCAUUUUCCCAGGCUAUCAAGGAAGUUUAAUUUUUUCCUUGCUUUCCAGGAACAAGUUUAAUAUCCAAUAUACCUAGUUUAAUCAAUAGAUGACAUACAGUAUCAAUACACGUAACGAUUUCAAAUUCAAGUUUAAGUAGGUGUGAAAUGUGAUUUGCCUUGAUUUCCUAUAUAACAAAAUGAGUUAAUACUCUAAUUUAAAGAGCUAAAGUACUGCACAGGGGAAGCAUCCCCACAGCAUAUUCUUCUCCCUUGAUGCCACUUUUUGCUACUGAGAAGUGAUGCCAUGGAAGAAUCAUUUGGAAAGAGCAAACUAGAAUGGAGAGAAUUCAGCAGUACUUAUAAUGCACACCUCACCCCUUGCCCUCUUCCCAGCAUAUAUAUAUGAUUUGGGCAACCCCCAUAUUUCAAGAGUUAGACCUGUCCUCUUCAACUUCCCAGGACAAGACAAUGGCAAACCACUUCUAUUGUCAAGAAGGCCAUCCACAUAGUCACCAGGAUUUAAACUUAAGGAUAUGAAGUCUAGUUUUAAACCUAAGAGAAUGGAGUCCUGUUUACAAAAUGAAAAGAGCUAACUGCAGUAUUACCAAGUGAUUCCUUGUCACCCCUUUUUGUGGUAAGGAUAUAGUUCUAAAGUUAUAAUGCACCAGUGGAAUUUGGCUGGCUCAGCAAAGUCUCUUAGCAACCAAGCAGCAUCUGCUUUGAUGAUUUACUGAUCCAUUCUAGUCCUCGUAGGUUAGACUGAAAAAAUGUGGAGUGACCUGGCAUAUCAGUCCAUUGGGAGGAAUAUUUCCCAGGCCCACACAUAGUAGAAGGCUUAAGCUAUAAAAUUACAUCUACUUUCUGGGGAAUAAAUCCCACUGAAAUAAGUAUGGCUUAUUUCUAAGUAGACACACACAGGUUUGCACCUGUUAGGCUUGAAUCCUCAACGUGCUUAUAGUAAGGCCUUCUAGCCGUAUAUGAGCUUUUGUCUAGGCACCCAUGCAUAUGAUUAUUCUGUUAACCUUCUAUUUUCUGAACACUCAUUUUAACUCCGAAGUAUCUCUGGGAGAGUUCCGAUGUGGUCAUUUUCAAGAAUUUGUCUAAGAAUCUAUCUCAAUGUGUCUUAAAAGGAAUUAAUGUCUCAGCACCCAAAAUCAACUUUCUGAUCUAGCAAUUUAAGUGAUCAAUGUUCCCACCUCUUGCAAUAUAGAAUCUGGCUUAAUUAGGUUCUCUGUCCUGCUGCUUGCCACAAAAGAAACACUGCCACGGCAUGUCUAAGAGUUCAGUUUCAUCCAUAUUUACAGGAGAAACGUUCCACCUCCCUGUCCAUGAUGGCUCCAUUUUAUUAUUUAAAUGGUCCUGUUGGCAAUACAUAGACCACUCCAGAGAAUCAGAGUUUUAGAUCCUUUCUUCUCCUUUAGCAAUACAGUUGACAUUCCACGUUAAUGAAGAUGAUGAUGAAGGUAUUUUGUUCUGUUCUGGCAGUAGCUUCUAGUAGCUCAUAAAAAACUAUCCCUUCAUGAUCCUCUACACGCCUUAAUAUGUGUUUUUAAAUGUUAUACCAUGAUAUAUGUGUGUGUACAUUUAUAUAUAUAUAAUAUAUGGGUUUUUUCCCCUCUUCUCACUAUAUUGAUUUCUUUUGGGUUAACUUUCUCUGUGUACAGGGCCGCUGAAGCCUGCUUUGCCACUGAGUUUCUGAAAUGCAGACACUUUGGGCGGUGUUUCAAAAUAAUUAAAGAAAGAAAUUUAAAAAGGCAUAUUUAAAUAAAUAUAUAUUUUUCUGCUUUUUAUUAAAAGCAAAUUUAUUUAAAAUGAAUGAAAGGUGUCUGUAAGAGGAGUGGUGCAUUUGUUUCCUUGUUACUAGGUAAGCUCAUGUUUUCUAGGCCAGGGCCCAAGCCUUAGUUGAUGCAACUUGGCAAUAGCUUGUUUGGAACUAGCAAAGCUGAGUUAACUUAACCCCGGCGAGGUUUUGGCUAGAAAGGUAUGUUGUCAGAUGAAUUGUAGAACUGUAGCAUAUCAGGGACCGCAAAGAUUGUCUUGCUGGUAUACAGCUAUCCCACUGGGAUCCUUUGCAAUAGAGGUGGCUUUGAAAUGUUGAUGCCACUUAUUUUUUACCUCCUUUUUCUUCAAGUAAAUUUGUUUUGGUGUGGCUAGCAGAGAGAUAUCCCUGCAAAACCAUUGUUUUAUUUUCCUCGUUUCAGUCAAAAUGGCUCUCUAAGCUGCGGUAUUUACCUCCACAUACCCAGCCUAGUUGGGGAAAGGUGCAUCCUUCAGUAGGUACAUACUUUUUCCUUGCUGUGAUAGCAUCUUUGACCUAUUCCAAAUGCUAGUAGCUUAGUAGAGAGAUGAAGUAAGAGCUGAGGAAAGGCCUUAGUUAGCCAAUGUGAAGGAUUAUCUAUUUAGAAUUGGCCCUCUCUGAAUUUAGGGCUGGGCUCCUUAUUCUACCUCUUUUGAGGACUCUGAGGUAGUGGUCCUACUUGUGCAGGUGCUUGAGAAACACGGCAACCAUCUUGAAAGAAAAUCAUUCCAUCUGUAUUUCAAGGUACAGAGGGCAAUGUAAAGAUGGUGUUACAUUUUGGAGUCUCAGCACUUUUUUCUGUCAAGGAAGUGCAAAUUCCUUCUAAACCACUUUCUCUCCCUUCCUACAUAUAUAACUAGCACUUUUUUUUUUUGCUAUUGCGGAAGGCUUUAAAAUGACAUAAAUAACAUCAAGGAGUGUUCUCUCACCCUUAAGCCCUCUCCUCAAUUCAUAGCAAGGCAGAAUCUGUAACCGAUUAUUGCCAAUGUCACUUUAAGCAUUCUGAGUCUCUAAGUUCUCAGCAGAGCGCAUUUAGGGUCACAGUUUUGCAGUAUUGUAGAACAUGUUUUUAAACUGUUUUAUUUUGUGCGUGCGUGUGUGUCCCUUUCUAAUAAAAUUUUCAUAUACCAGCAGCACCUUCAACCAACAAAUAUCGCAUUAUUUAUGCACAUUAUUUGGAGAAAAACAAGCUAGUGUUAGAUGUUAAAAGUUAUCAAAGAAGCAAUGUGAUGUUGACGUCUUUCUUUUUGUAUAAAAGUGACCUUAGAUUAUGACAAUUAUAAAAAUUAGCUGUUCUGUGACUGAAAACAGUAUGUCAGUGACUUGGGGGUUCUUCACACCAGACCAAGGGAUAAUCUUUCCAAUAAUUAAACCCGCAGUGGCUUACUUAAUAUUCUUUCCUGCAGCACUCAUUCUAGUUGUAGCUACUUUAAAAGGCCCUCCCUCUCAAAACAAAACAAAACAACACAUACAAGGAAAACAAAACAAAAAUAAAUAAAUGCAUUUGUACCUUGCAAGUUUGUAUAAAGCAAAUAAAUAAAAAUGGAUGGUUUAUA